CAGCCGUAGCGCACGAAUCCGGCUGGACUUUCCCUAGGGCGAGGUUUCUGGUGAGCAGAAUGGCAAGUGCUUUUCCGAGACGUUGUUAGGUCUCCAUGGUCCAGUAUGUCUUGCUCGGAUUCUUCUCUGCGCACCCGCGUCGCAACUUUUUCCCUGCGUGGGGGCACGAGUCAGGGCGUUCAAGAUCACCGGGAAGCGAGUUUUCCCCGGGACCUUGCUUGGUCCUCUGCCACCUGCUUCCCUACCUUCCUGCCUUCUUUCUCUGGCCUUUGCUUCUCCCUAGUCCCUCUGCUGCAGUUCCCCCGACCCCGCCUCUCAGCCAGCCGGAGCCCUCUCUCCCCAGACCUCUUUUCACUGCAGUCUGUGAGCCUGCUCUUGGAGGCUUGGCUCUUUGCCCCAAGCGAGUUCGCUACCGUCUACACAUUGCCCUCCCAGCCCCACUAAAUUGAUUGGCGCGUCUACGCCUUUCUCCCCAGACAGAAAGCAGAUCCGUAUAGGCUGUGUGGUCGAGUUGGGGUAACUGGCCCGCUGGGGACUUCAGCUCUCCAAGAGUUUGAUACCACAAUGAGUUUUGCUAGGGAAGGGGAGGGGCCGAGGGGCGUGGGCAGGGCAGAAGGAAGAGGCCUGAGUCGGAGCCCGGAGACGGGUUGAGCUACGGCGGCAGCAGCGGCGGGCUCGCGCCACCUGUCCGAGUGCCACCUGGUCUCCGCCUGGCUGGGGCUGACGAACUAGGGUGAAGGUGGGCUGACGGCGGCUCCAGCGACCCUUGGAGAGGAGCGGGGAGCGCGCCCGACCACCAUGCCGCGUUCGUUCCUGGUUAAGAGCAAAAAAGCUCACAGUUACCACCAGCCGCGCUCCCCGGGACCUGACUAUUCCCUCCGCCUGGAGAAUGUACUGGCGCCAGGCGGAACAGACUGCAUCUCGAGCACAGGCGGGGCGAAGGCGGAGCUCAGGGGCCGUGUGUCCCCCGAGUCUCAGCUGACCGAAGCCCCCGACAGAGCCUCCGCGUCCCCUGGCAGCUGUGAGGGCAGCGUGUGCGAUCGGAGCUCGGAGUUUGAAGACUUCUGGAGGCCUCCGUCGCCUUCUGUGUCUCCAGCCUCGGAGAAGUCGGUGUGUCCGUCGCUGGACGAAGCUCAGCCCUUCCCCCUGCCCUUCAAGCCGUACUCGUGGAGCGGCCUGGCGGGUUCGGAUCUGCGGCACCUGGUGCAGAGCUACCGGCCGUGCGCGGCCCUGGAGCGCGGCGCCGGCCUGGGCCUCUUCUGCGAGCGCGCCCCGGAGCCAGGCCAUCCCGCGGCGCUGUACGGCCCGGAGCGAGCUGCGGGCGGCGCGGGGGCCGGGGCGCCCGGGGGAGGCAGCGCAGGAGGCGGAACUGCCGGCGGCGCGGGCCUGGGGCUCUUCGGCGACUUCGGGCCCGCGGCGGCAGGACUGUACGAGCGGCCGGCCACCGGCGGACUGUACCCGGAGCGCGGCCACGGGCUGCACGGCGACAAAGGCACAGGCGUCAAGGUGGAGUCGGAGCUGCUGUGCACCCGCCUGCUGCUGGGCGGCGGCUCCUACAAGUGCAUCAAGUGCAGCAAGGUGUUCUCCACACCGCACGGGCUCGAGGUGCACGUGCGCAGGUCCCACAGCGGCACAAGACCCUUUGCGUGCGAGAUUUGCGGCAAGACCUUCGGGCACGCGGUGAGCCUGGAGCAGCACAAAGCCGUGCACUCGCAGGAACGGAGCUUUGACUGUAAGAUCUGUGGCAAAAGCUUCAAAAGGUCGUCUACGCUGUCCACACAUCUGCUCAUCCACUCAGACACCCGGCCCUACCCCUGUCAGUACUGCGGCAAGAGGUUCCAUCAGAAGUCAGACAUGAAGAAACACACCUUCAUCCACACUGGCGAGAAGCCCCACAAGUGCCAGGUGUGUGGCAAGGCAUUCAGCCAGAGCUCCAACCUCAUCACUCACAGCCGCAAGCACACAGGCUUCAAGCCCUUCGGCUGCGACCUGUGUGGAAAAGGCUUCCAGAGGAAGGUGGACCUCAGGCGGCACCGGGAGACGCAGCAUGGGCUCAAGUGAGCACCACGCCUCAUUCGCGUGUGCAGUCAUACAACACUACGGAGGGCAGCCUCCCCACUUGCCACCAGCCACUUCCACAGAUCUCUCUGGGGUGAUACCUUUUCCCUUUCCUCCCUGGAACUGCCAGAGGAGAUAAGUUACCUUUUCAAAGUCCAGCGUGGAGGGGGAACCGAAUGACUCCCUGGGCAGAGGACUUGCCAAAUAGGCUUCUUUACACCUGAAGACUCCCAGUGGAGAAGAAAUUGGCUAAAAUCUUUGGCCUGAUAGUCCUCCCCAUACCCAGACCUGUUCCACAGAUAGAAAGCCCCUUGGGUUUCUUCCCUUCUCUUCCUGUCCAACCCCAGAUACUUGUGUGGAAGAGGAGGAAUCAUCUCUCACAAGAUAGAUACAUAUUAAUGUUUUUAUCUGGAAUGAAGAAUGAGUGUUAUUUUUUUCCUUCUGGGGACUUUGUUGACCCCUUUUUGUUGGGUGCUGCCUAUAAAGCUUGGAGGAAUUGUUUCUUGCAUUUGAAAAUUGGUUCAGAAACUGAUUUGGGAAGGGAAUUUCAUACUUUUGAACAUGACAAAAAAUGCACUGUAGAGCCUGCCCAAAAAGAAGCAGAAGGAAAGUGGGCUUGGUGAGAAGAGAUUCAAGGUUCUCCCUCCAGGAGACUUGUGAAGCCUUCUUCAGAAGAAUGGAAGCACAUAGUAAUGCCUUUGGGUAAGGCUGUCAUCCGUUCACUCAGCAAAUGUCUAUUGACCACCAGUUACCAUGGUAUCAGGCACUAUGCUAGGUACUAGGGAGCCAGAGAGUAAAGUCUCAGUCUCUGUCCCUGACCUGCAUCUCCAAGUAGCUGGGUCUGUUCUUCCCCACAAAGGAAUUCUGAGAAGAUAAAACAGGAUCUUGAAACUUCCCUUCAGGUCGUUUGGAUUUUAUCAAACAUAAACGAAAAAUAGCUGAAUAGAUACUUCAAAGAUUCAUGUAUAAAUUGUUUUUUAUUGUUAAGCUGAUAUUUUUAAGAUGUCUAAGCUAGCAGGCAUGUGGGAAUGAAGGCUCUGUCUUCAACUCUUUUGAACCCUCCAUGUGUACCACAGAGGGAAAAAAAGUGAUAUUUUUACUUUGAUGUAAAUGUUUUUAGAUCUUCUGGAGUGUAUUAUGUUUGUUAAUACAUAUUUAUUAGAGUGAUGUUUUAAGUUAAUAAAGUAUUAAGACUCUUA